UAUCUGACGGAUGUAAAACAGGAAAGUGGCGACAUAUGAUGGGCGUUUUCGACAUGAUAAGAACUGACGUAGUGCGGUCGAUAAGUUGGAGAUCUAGUUAGAUAACAGAUCGCAUUACACAUAUGGCCACGUAUCAGCUGUGUAUCAAUAUUUUCUCACAAACUCAGCGGAUUCGAUUCAAUCUGCCGUUUGGUUGCAGCACGCGAUAUAAAAGUCAAUGCGACUGCGAUUCGAUGCGAUUCCUGGCAAGGAACGUGCCUAGAAGCAACGACAACGACGGAUCCUGAAGAACGAGUUAUGAGUACCUCGUGUUCCACGAGCCGUCGAAUUUUCUCAAGCCGCGAAUGACACUUCUGUUCUAAGGAUGCGAUCGCCAACGGGGAACAACAAUAAUCUCUCGGCAAUAUUGUUGCUGCCGCUGCUGCUUGGCGUGUUGCGAAUUCCCGAAUCGCAUUGUCUGGAAGUAAUAUAUGCGGUAAACGCAGGUGGCGAGUCGCACACGGACAGUUACGGUAUACGUUAUGCUAAGGAUCCUCUGAUGAAUAAGGUCGGCACGGCAUCCGAUUACGGUAAACAGUUAAUCAUAGGACGCGUCAACAACGUGGAUCAGAUCAUUUAUCAGACAGAGCGUUACCAUCACAGUACGUUCGGAUACGACGUGCCAAUUAGCCAGGAGGGCGAUUACGUUAUGAUACUCAAAUUCUGCGAAGUUUAUUUCAAUUCGCCGAAUAUGAAGGUCUUUGAUGUUGUACUAAAUGGUGAUCAUACUGUGGUAGCUGAUUUGGAUAUCUUUGAAAGAGUCGGCCGAGGCGUUGCACAUGAUGAAUAUGUCCCGUUCAGGGUACAGGGUGGAAAAUUAAUAUACAAUGACGAAGAAUCAGACAUUUUGGCAGGAAAGAUUAGAGUAGAAUUUAUAAAGGGUUACCGAGACAAUCCAAAAAUAAAUGCUAUAGCUGUUGUGAAAGGCACCUUAGAAGAUAUACCACAGUUGGGACCGAUACCGCAAGAUCCAGAGGAAUAUCAAACCAUGCAGGAAGAGGAAGAAGAAACUACUGUGCGUAGUCGACACACAAGUGGGCCUAGGACACCCGACCCAUACUCGAUAGAUGAUUCGUCUGUAAUGUUACCUGUUUUCGUAGCCAUUGGUGCUUUUAUUCCCUUAUUAUUCUGUCUAUGUAAAUUAUAAACAAAUAACAAACGCACACGUGCAUAGAAAUGCCUUGUACUUAAGGGUAAUAAUGUUCCCGAAUGUUUAGGCUCACUCGAACUAUGGGAGAACAUUUAAAUAUGUAAAUAGAUAAUUAGUAAUUAAUGCUUCUUGGCAUUGCCAGAUUUAAAGAGAAAGUGUGUGAAAAAAGUAUUUAUUAAUUUAUAAAUCUAGAUAUAAUAUGUGAGAUGGGCCUUCUCUUUACCCGUCCUCUAAUGCUUUCAUAUGAAUUAUUUACAGCAUUUCACACAUUUUUCGGAUGAAAAUUAAGACAAUGUCUUUUUUUUUAUACAAAACUUUGUAACAUUUAAAUGUCUAGUUUUAUUUAAUUAGAUAAUUAUAUAAGUAUAUAUAUAUAAUAUAUAUAAAUCUUCGACUUUUAAAAUUACUAGCUUUGACUUUAAUUCUUAAAAUUAAAAUAAAUUUUAUUUAAAACUAAAUUGUGUUAUCUGUUGAUAGCAUCACAAAGCGCUUUAAAAAAUUUUUAAUUGCUUAAAUUUAGAAAAAACAAAAUAAAAAUUUUUGAUACUUUAACAUCUGACAUUAAUGAUUAUUUUAAAGAUAAAUAAAAGUUCAGUGAAUAUAUUUGAGAUAUCUGAUAUAAAAAGUGUUUCAAAAUACUGCACCUUAAUUUUAAUAUUAGAUUUUCAACAAAUUUAUAAAAUUGUUAAUUUAAGGAAAAGUUUAAUUUUAAAUGAGAUCAUCAUUAAUUGUAGCUUUUCAACUUUUAAUUUCUUAGUAAUCGAACGUCAACUUCAGAUUUAUUAAAUCUAGAUUAAUUAAAAGUCAUUAAAAAUUAAAGUUGAGAAUUUUGAAAUUAUUUGCGUAUAUGUAUUUCACAUGUAUCAGGUGAAUAUAGUUGACUUAAUAAGAGUAUUAUUUUGAGACACAUAUGGAAUUUCCAGAAUGAUGAAUUUUGUUAUGAAAUUUUCUUGUUUCUUUAUUUUAUAUUCUAAUAACGCGUGUUUUGUAAGAUUUAUUAUAUAUCAUGAAACAUUUUGUGUAUAUGUUUUGUUUACUCGUAUUUUUCUUUCAUUUUAUAAUAUAAAGAGUUUAGGUGGAUAUGUUAAAACGCGCGUGUGACAUGAAUAAUAUAGUUAAAACAAACCUCUCUCUAGUUUAGAAUUGUUAUGUCGAAAUGUGGUUAUUGCAAUUGAAAAUCUUAUAGUCUAUUAAAUACCAAAAUACGUGCGUUCGUAAUAUAUCAAUUUUUUACAUGUUUAAAAGAGAGAGAAAGAGAAACAAUAAAUGAGAGAUUAUUUAUA